UAUAUGUAUUUUUUUUAAAGAUUUUUCGACACCUUGUUUUAUUGGCAGUUUGUCUGUCACUAACCUAUAGUCAUGGUGUAUACAGACAAGUAUAUGUAACCUCACAGGGAAGGCCAUACGAGCAAUACCCAAGCAAUGUAUAUAUCCCAGCUACCGGUAGAAUGCAAGUGACCCAACAAACACAAACGCGAGAAGUAAAUUGUUGUUUGCUAAGGAAAUGUGUAAACAAUAACUGUCAAGAAACCUUUACCUGCGGAGUUGGUUGCCAAGCUUCUCAGCAACCUGCAGAAAGACCUAGACCAGAUCCCACUUUUACGCAAGAUGAAACCUCCAGGGAUUUAUAUAAUUACAUAAUGACGCAUUUUAAUACAAAUGAAUCACCAGUUGAUACAGAGUAUGUGCAUCAACCACAAGGACAUCAACAACCUUGCAUAGGCAAUGCUUGCAGAAAUCCCACACAAACACAAAAACCAUUUUUGCCUGGACGUUACCCAAGUGGUGGACCAGAAUUUGAUAUUCCUGAUUCACAAACGAUCCCUGGCAUAGUUUUGGGAAAGGAACCAACAACACCGAAAUCAACAACAAUGAAAGACCGCGAACCAAUGACAGAAAAACCUACAAAACAAGAAAAUUGCCCAAAAGUUAAUACAAUCCAAUUUCCUGAGGACGAAGAAGAUUUUGGCCCAACCCCAGGCUACGACAAAAAAACAGGUUACAUAUACAACAAAUGCGACAAGGGAUCUUGUGUACCUAUAGAAAAGAGCUGCAAGAAGUGCCCAGAUCCAUUUGAACCAGACUUUAAGUUAUACAACGUCAAAAAAGAGUGUUUUAAUUGUUACCAAAUACCUUGUGUACCGCCAAAAUAGUUACUGAACUAAAAUAAUUUAAGUUUAUAUAAAUAAAUCAUAUUAAAUUAAUAUAGUGUAUUGUUUUAGUGUCAUAAAAAGUUUAUUGUAAUAUUAUUUUUUAUUAAAUUAACAUAUUAAAC